CAUUAUUCUAUCUUGCAUCUUCCAAUGACAUCGAAUAUCUCUGCUGCGAGUGGCGGCUGACUCUUCGCCCGACGUCCCGUAGAUCACCACAUCAACCCAUCGCUCCAUAUUGCAUGAACCUCCCGCAUGAGAACAUCGGCAUAGAAUCCCAUUGAUAGCUAGACCACUCCAGAACCCCGACAAUAAUGAGAUAAUCCCAAUAUGGAUGAUGCGAACCCUGACUACUUCGUCAACCGUGAUGAACCCAUCCCCGUCAUCCAUAUUGACAGCCUUGAUGGCUUCCCAGAGGGCAAAGCGCCUGAUAAACAAAAGAGCAAAAGGGAAUCACUGAAGGAUGCCAUCUCGAGAGAGAGAAUUCGGGAGAGGCUGGAUAAUUUCCAGGCGAAAAGAUCCGCGGCAUCGGGAGGGUUACAGGACCGACUGUUCACCACACUCCUUCAACAUAUGAUUCCGACCGAGGAUCAGCAACAGGACCUGCCUGGGGAUCGUCGGGAAAGGAAAUACGUCGAGAGGCCUGGCUUCAGCCUCCCCUUGAUGUCCAACAAUUUCCGUCGAUUCAAUGCUCGUAUCGGAGUUGCAUUCGUUUUCCAAAACCGUAUGAUCCGCCUCUUCACCUGGAGGAAACCCACCCAUACCCUUUCCUUCUUAGCCAUCUAUACUUUCAUCUGCAUUAACCCCUAUCUCCUCCCCGUCCUCCCUCUCGCCCUCUGUCUCUUCUUUAUCAUGAUUCCCGCCUUCCUCGCCCGCCACCCCCCUCCCCCCGCCAUGCUCGAAACCGACCUCUAUCCCCUCGCCGGCCCUCCAUUAGCACCCCCGCGACGCAUCCGUCCUGCCCCGGAACUCUCCAAAGACUUCUUCCGCAACAUGGGUGACCUGCAGAACUGCAUGGAAGACUUCUCCCGCAUGCACGACCUCGUCCUCGCCACCUUCGCCCCGCUCACCAACUUCUCUAACGAAUCCCUCUCCUCCGAACUCUUCCUCCUCCUCAUGUUCACCGCCGCCGCCCUCUGCCUCAUCGCCCACAUCCUCCCCUGGCGCACCCUCGCCCUCCUCAUCGGCUGGUCCGCCACCUGCUCCGGCAACAAAUCCCUCCGUCGCUUCCUCCUCGCCUUCUCCCACCACCCCGCCGUCUCCGAUCUCACCUCCGCCACCAAAUCCAACGUCGCCAAGCUCACUGACCCCGACCCCGACCCCGACACCCGCCCCUUCGACUUCUUCACCGCCCACGCCGCUGCCGACAUUGUCCUCGCCGAAGCCCCUGAGCAGCGCGAAGUCGAGGUCUUCGAGCUCCAACGUCGCGACGUGAUCCACUCCCUCUCGACCACAGUGGACAGCAGUGGCGGCGUCCCGACGCCCACCCACCUCGCGAGCUACGACAACGCGCCGUUCGAGCCGUACAUAUUCAGCGCGAGCCCGCACACGCCGCUGGCGCCGGCGCGGAUCGCAGGGGAGCGGCCGCGGGGAACGCGGUUCUUCGAGGACGUGCAGGCGCCGGAGGGGUGGGAGUGGGGGGGAAAGAAGUGGGUGUUGGAUUUGGGGAGUCGGGAGUGGGUGGAGGAGCGGUGCGUGACGGGGGUGGAGGUGGAGGUGGAGGGGGAGCGGUGGGUGUGGGAUAUUCUGUAUGAUGAGGAGGUGGGGGGCGAGAGGGAGGAGGGUGAGUGGGGCACGAAGGAUAGGGGGAAGGGGAAGGGGAAGGGGAAGGUGGUUAGUUGGGAGGAGGGGAAUGGGAUGGGGAGGAGGGGGGAGUGGAGGCGGAGGAGGUGGGUGAGGACGGUGAAGCGGAGGGUGGUGGUGGAGAAGGAUACGAGGCCGGCGAGUAAGCUAUAA